AACCAUAAUUUGGAUGGACUUAAAUGUGCACUGUAUGUAUGCUGCACGAUUUAUCUGUUAUCUUAUUGGUUUUGUUUCCUGUUUUAUGAUCAUUAUGACCGUCUCAUGCUCAUGCAAAUUUAACAUAACCUGCCACGGACUUUUGUAUGGUAAUGUCGCAGCAAGUAUUGUUCUCAUGAUUCUGCUGUAGCUCUCUCAAAACAUUGGCAAUAAUUUUCUAUUUCUCCAUUAUAAUUUCAUUGAUAGGAAUGUGAUGGUUCCAAUCUUUGCAGAUAGCAACCCUUAUUUGAGCAAUCUGUUUUCGGUUUUGUUAUUGGUAUUUUCAUGUAAGAAGUGGGAACUCUAAUUGGUGGAGCAUUUACAUGGCAUAUUUCCAAAUGGAUAACCAAGCUUUGGUUACUGCCUUCACGCUUUGGAGGAUGUGGUUUAGUUGGUACUUGGUAAUCCUUGAAACAAAAUGGCAUUGGAAGGACAUGGAUGUUGGUACCCAUAUUCAGUGAUUUUGAACCAGAAGGAAUGAUAGCAACUAUUGAGUAGACUUUUUUUAGCAAUAAUUUCUCCAAACAUCAUGUCUAAUAUAACCAAUAUUACAUAAUGCAUGAGAUAAGACUGACAGAACAUUGUUAACUGUGACAACAUUAGGAGGAUAUCAUUGAGACUACUGACCUGCUACUGAAGACUUUCUUAUGAAAAUUAGCAGUGGAAGCAUGGUUAUCAAGGCCAUUUCCUAUUCUCUACAUUUUUGACUUGCUAUCAAGUGGAAAGCCAGCAUAUUUCUUGACUGCUUGAUGAUGAUGCUAGUCUUUUUCCUACUCCAUGCAGCUACCUUACUACCAUUUUCCACGUAUUUUACAACAAUUUAAUUAUGGUUCUAUGUAUGGGAUACAAAUGAUUAAUUCAACAGCUGUUCUAUUUCUUGACAUUAAAAACGUAUUUAUCACUUUCUCUCAAACACAUUUUUUGUUGGUUGCUUGGUUAAUGGUUAGACAUCAGCAUUAUACAUACUGAUUAUCAGUUUUUUCCCUCUGAUUCUAUAUUGUUCUUAUUUAUGGUUAAUUCAAUAUCACAAUGAAAGGUUUCAUUCAAAGUUUUUUUGCUACCGUUUUAAAGUUAGUUUUACAUAUUUUCUGAAUAAAGAUUGCCCAGAUGAGCAAAAAUCUGUGGAGUGUGGGGUAUAAUUUAUUUGCUGUUGGCUUGUAGAAUUGCACGAGUUAAGUGCAAGCUGUUGGGGAGAGGUGAUGAAAUAUUUCAUACUUCUGGACAGGAAUAAUAAUCUUGAAUGGUGAUAUAGAUGACUGUAAGCCUGGCAAGGAAUUUGAAAUGUUGUGCAAAUAUUUUUUCUCUUUUGAUAUCAAGAGAAGCUUUAAAGCACGAUUUGAAAUACUGAUCUGGCAAUUGUUUUGGUGAUGAUCCGCAAGAAUUGUAUUUGGAAAAAAUUGGAAAGAUUCUAUUUUACAAUGGCCUUUGGAUGUUCUUCCCCGGAUGCUAAGUUCCGACAAACAUGCCACCUAGAGAGGAAGAGGACCUGAGGCUCAAGGUUGCGUCCGAAUCUGUUAAUAGUAAGGGAAGAUCUUAUGAGACCAUGAAAAAGGUGUCGAGGAACAUAUUCCAGUACGCAAAUUUCCUGGUCUUCUUGCACCAGUUUCUCUCAGUCAUGGCUGUCGACGAAUGAACUGAUGGCAGCGGCUUCUUGUUGACGCCGACUACUGCAAGAGAGAGUUAGAGAUGACUUAAAACUGUUCAUAACAACACACUGUGCUCAAGGUUUGGCGGCCGCUCUUUUUGGACUCGGAGGCGGUGCGGUGAUCUUAAGUAGAAAGGCCAUCAUGCUUCACGGUGGUGCGCUGCCCUCGUCGAUGUCCUGCGAGAGGUGGUGGUCGACGGCGUUUUGGAUGCCGGAAGACAAUCCACUCCGUUCGGAUCGGAUCCAAUCAUCCGUUUCGGAUCGGAUCCACUAUUAGGCGGCCCUAAGAAACCCUCCUCAAUUCCCGGUCAGCGCGGCGGCAAAAUAUACUCGGUUAUGUUGAAGAUUUCUACGUAAGAAGCACGGCAUCGUCGCUCAUGGCUUCGAGCUCCGCGAUCUUCGGCGCAAAGCUGAAGGAUUCUGGCUUCACGUCAUGCUUCUCGCCUUCGAUGAGAGCGCGUCGUUGCCGGAAGCACGCCUUGAACAAAGUGCUUGCAGUUGCGGCGCCUGCCCGAUCUCCCUGCUCUCCAUCGAUCACCGGCUCAGUCAAGCAAGCAAUGACGAUGACGGAGAAGAUCCUUGCGCGGGCAUCAGAGAAGACGCAUCUGGAACCUGGAGAGAAUGUUUGGGUGACUGUUGAUGUCUUGAUUACUCAGAAGACGCAUCUGGAACCUGGAGAGAAUGUUUGGGUGAAUGUUGAUGUCUUGAUGACUCAUGAUGUCUGUGGCCCUGGGGAUGUUUGGAAUCUUUAAGAAAGAAUUUGGUCAGAACGCAAAGGUAGCUUUUAGUUCAAAACGACAAAGUUGGCUAUUCAUUUCA